CCCGAGGGAGCGCUUCCCAGCCGCGCUCAGACGCGCGCAGGAACUUUGCAAAGGCGCACGAAAGAGCACGGAGACCCGCUCUCUCUCGCUCUCUCUCGCUCUCUUUGCCCCGGGCUCGCUCUGCCUCUCUCUUCUCCACCUCCUUGGCAGCAGCAGCAGCAGCGCCUGGCGGAGUCCAGCGAGGAAGCCCGCUCUCCUGUCCUCCUUCUUUCUCCUCUGUCUCCUCGUCAAACUUUCCCGGAUGGGGUCUCCUCGGUGGAAGAGGCUCUGCCUUCUGCUCCUGCUGGGCUUGGCCUUCUCGCUCCUCUUCUAUGGGCACUACUACGGCGCGGAGUCGCCCACCAGCCCCAGGCGGCCACAACAAGAGACACUACAGCUGCCACAAGCAGAAUUGCCCCAGGAUACCAGGAGCCAUCACCUGGUUGGAGAGAGUGCCAGUAAGAGAGGAAACCAAACUAAAGACUCGUCCAAGGAAGAAAGUGCUUAUCAUCAUAAGGAGAAGUCCAGUUUGUGCCCCCGGUCAUUAAAAUUCAAAGUGAAGAAUGACCCGACGUUUGGAAAGCAAUUUGAUUUUGAUGGCCCAGUGCUGAUGUGGAACCGUCACUUCACCCCAGAGACGUGGAAGAAGUUGAAGGAACGCGGUGUCCCCUAUGGAUGGCGUGGCUUGCCACAAGCAGUAAUUUCCUCCACGUUGGAGCUUCUCAAAAAUGCUGCCAACAGCAGGCUGUUCAAUGAGACCACCUCCCCAGACGGCUGCGUCCGCUGCGCUGUGGUUGGGAACGGGGGAAUUCUGAAUGGAUCCCACCAAGGCAAGGAGAUAGAUGCUCAUGACUUUGUCUUCAGGCUUAAUGGGGCAGUGAUCAAGGGCUUUGAGGCUGAUGUUGGAACAAAGACUUCCUUCUAUGGUUUCACAGUAAACACCAUGAAGAAUUCCCUCAUUGCUUACGCAGAGUAUGGCUUCACCCAAAUCCCACAGGCUAAGGACAUACGGUACAUUUUCAUUCCGUCAGAUAAACGAGAUUACCUAAUGCUGAAAUCUGCCCUCCUGGGCAUCCCUGUUCCAGAGGGCUAUGACAAAGGUGACAAGCCACAGAAAUACUUUGGAUCUAAUACAUCUGCAGAAAAGUUCAAGUUGCUUCACCCAGAAUUCAUGUAUUAUCUGACAGAAAGAUUCUUAAAAUCAGAAAUAAUAAACUCUCAGUUUGGGCAUCUCUACAUGCCCAGCACCGGAGCGAUUAUGCUUUUAACAGCUCUGCAUACAUGUGAUCAGGUUAGUGCCUUUGGCUUCAUCACGGAUAAUUACAGGACAUUUUCAGAUCAUUACUAUGAAUUUGAGAAGAAGCCCUUGGUCUUCUAUGCCAACCAUGAUAUGCUCUUAGAGGCUGAGCUUUGGAAGAAAUUACACCAAGCCGGCAUCAUGAAGCUGUAUCAGCGGUGAAGGCAGUGUGUGCCAUGGACAAGGAAGGGGCUGAGCAGCUCCUCCCAGUUCUCCCUGUGUGACCAAUUUGGUGAUCCACAGGAGACCUUCUUUUGCUUUCAUGGGGAGGGAGGACAGAGCUGAUAACCUGCAAGUACCAAUUAGGCAUGAGGGACUACCAGCUGGUUAAUCCACAGAAAAUAUUCUCAAGGGCAAUACACAUAUCAAUCCAUACUAGAUGGGGAGCCCAUCCAGUGUGAGUAUCCGGGGUAGAGAGAAGAUGCUACCACAAGAGUCGGUUGGCAGGAAAAUGGAUAAAAACGUUUGCUAACAGCUCUGCUAUUCACGUACUUUCAGUGAUGACUUUGUGGGGUAUUCAGUUGCAGUUUUGCCAGGACACAAAAGGAGUUAUAUUUUUGAGGUGUCAUGCAGUAUGAGUGUAACAGGGUUUUGUUUUGUUUUUUGCAUUUUAGCCUCCUCUCUGAUGGAGAUCAUUGGCAAAAGGGGACAAAGAGUUUGGAACAUACUGUAUUUGCCAUGAUCUUGAUGUUGCACCCCUGCUGAGGACCACAAAACAGUUCUCAGAAAAGGCAAUAAUACACUAGAGCAAUUGUCUGCUCAGACCUACUGUACUCAUAAUGACUCUCUUUCAAAACAGUUCUCUAUAGCAGGACCCCAAGGAAUACAGUGUUAUUGCAGAGGAACAAGUUCUGGUACUAUGAAAGAGGAAUGAAAAAUUAACUAUUGAAGGAAUAGAGUUUUCCAGCAGGAAUGGUAGAUUUUCCAUGACUUUUUGAAAUAGGAGUGCCACUCCAUUUUUUUGCAGCAAUAGCCAUUGCAAGAAAAAAAGGGGAAAAGUGGGUUCUUUCCCUUUUUAAACAAAUCCUGCACUCCCCGUACACAUUGUUUAUAAAGAGAAAUGCAUUUCCAGGAUGCUCUCAGAAGUGCAGUUAUCCUUGUAAACAAGGUACACAGAGAGCACAUGACUCAUCAGUAAGGGAAAAGGGUACUCUCCUCUGUGACCACCACUGCACAAUAUAUUCAACAGGGUCAGGGACACAGACCUGGGAUGGGAGUGAAACAAUGGGAAAUGUGAGUGCCUUACCUCUUUUAAAAGGUAAUGAUACCACUUCUGUGUUAAUGAUGUCCAGAUACCCCUCUGGCAUCAAUUUCAUGAUGCCUAGACUGGUACAGACUCCUUUCUUUACCCCCAACUUGAUGUUAUAAAGCUCUUGCUACAACAUGUGAAAAUACCUCCUUGGCUGACUGAAGAUUAGGGUUGGACAGCUAUUGAUUUAUUUUGCAAAAGAUCACCAACAAUGGACCAACAGCCUUUUGCAUCUUGCAGGAAGAAGAAUCCACCUGUAGCUUAUUCAUUGCCAAUCCUAGUUUUGCCUCUUUUCUGAUGUACCAAACAUGGUUCAGUUUCCCAUCUUUAUUCAACUACGGAGAGUCCACCAGUGCUGUGUGGAUGCUCUUCCUCCCAGAUCCUUAGGAAAGAUACUGCAUUAAUAUGCAGAAGGGAUCCCCUCCAUGAAUAAGGCAGAUACUGAUGGACUUCUGAUUAGCUGCUGCAGGGCUGUGUGCAUACCCAACCAUUAAAUAUGGAAAAUUCUCCCAAAAAGUUGAAUUCAGUAUGUUUGGUAAUGUUCCCAUGAUCUGCAUUUAUCUUUGGGCAAGCUCAGGAGCGUACUGCAAAUACCACAUUGGAAGCAUUGCUUCACAAAGAAUGGCUAAUGGCUCAUCUAAUAACCAGUCCUUUUAAAUGUAAAUUAAGAUAUGAAGCAUGGUACAUAAUGUAGUAAGUUUCUCUUCAUGAGCCCACUGCUCAUGCAUCCAUCAGUUUCUUUCUGAUUGAGAUUUCCUCAGGUAAUGUCAAGAUGUCCUAGCAUGACGUUUUUGGAAGGUGGCAAAAGGCAUCAGGUAAUAAAAGGUGGCAGAAGAAUAUGGCAACACUACAUGCCUAUGCAAAACACAACUCCAGGAAACCUUUUACUGCCCACUGAACUGAACCUAAUUGCUCAGGCUCAGUCAAGAUGCCAAAGAAAGCUCUCUGUCUGAAAUGUUUCCAUUUGCUUCAGAAGGGAAAACCAACUUGCUCCAGCCAUGCCAGUUCUCAUCCUUUCUUUAAGACUUCAAGAGUUUUGAUUGUUUUGGCUAUGAGAGUUUUUCUUGUCUUUUGUAUCAUUGUGUUUCUUCUCAAAAAGUGUGUGAAUUUUUUGUUGGAUUUGAAUGUGCAGGUUUUAUUUUAUGGAUAAGUCCAAUCAAAUGUGUUAAGUCUUUAAGGAAU